GAGGCCGCCGCAGCGGUGGCCGCUCAGCGGUAGCGCGGCGACGAGGAGGACCGGGAGGCAGGAUGCCGACGCUCAGCAGCCCGAGACCUUAUUUCCCGUGAUUCCUGAUGGUGCAAUCCGGAUGCGCUGCAAUGGUGACAUAAACCAUUGGCUGAGACUAGGAGCGUGGCCGAAACUCCGUCCUUCCUCCUAUGUUUCUCUCUGACGGUGCUUCUGUUGGAAUAGUCAAAGGAGUCCACCCAACAUGAGUUUUAUCAUGAAACUUCACAGACACUUUCAACGAACACUGAUUCUGCUGGCCACUUUUUGUAUGGUCAGCAUUAUCGUUUCUGCAUACUACCUGUACAGUGGCUCGAAACAGGAAAGCGAACUCUCGGGGAGAGCCUCAGAAGUGGACUGUGGUGACCUCCAGCACAUACCAUCCAGGCUGAUGGAAGUGAAGAGGACAAUGCUUUCUGACGCUUCAAGGACCGACCCCACAGUCCUGGUGUUUGUGGAGAGUCAGUACUCAUCCCUUGGCCAGGACAUCAUUAUGAUGCUAGAAUCCAUUCGAUUCCACUAUCACACUGAAAUCGCUCCUGGAAAAGGGGACCUUCCUGCCCUUACAGACAAUGUGAAAGGCAAAUACGUUCUCAUUAUAUACGAGAACAUUCUAAAGUAUAUAAACAUGGACUCUUGGAAUAGAAGCCUCUUAGAUAAGUACUGUGUCGAGUAUGGUGUGGGUAUCAUUGGGUUCCACAAAACCAGUGAAAAAAGCCUACAGAGCUUCCAGUUCAGAGGCUUCCCCUUUUCCAUAAGUGGAAACCUGGCAGUGAAAGAUUGCUGUAUUAAUCCUCACUCCCCCUUGCUCCGUGUGACCAAAUCAUCCAAGCUUGACAGAGGUUCUUUACCCGGGACUGACUGGACAGUUUUUCAGAUCAACCACUCCACUUACCAGCCAGUCAUAUUUGCCAAAGUUAAGACUCCCGAAAACCUUUCUCGUCCCAUCUCUAAAGGUGCUUUGUAUGCCACGAUCAUCCAUGACCUGGGGCUCCAUGAUGGGAUCCAGCGAGUUCUCUUUGGCAACAACUUAAACUUUUGGCUGCACAAACUCAUCUUCAUAGACGCCAUCUCCUUCUUGUCUGGGAAGCGGUUGGCUGUGUCCUUGGACAGGUACAUCCUGGUGGACAUUGACGACAUAUUUGUGGGGAAGGAGGGAACGAGGAUGAACACCAAUGACGUAAAGGCCCUGCUUGACACUCAGAAUCUCUUGCGUGCUCAAAUCACAAACUUCACAUUCAACCUUGGAUUUUCAGGGAAAUUCUAUCACACAGGGACCGAAGAGGAAGAUGAAGGGGAUGACCUCCUGCUGGGGUCUGUGGAUGAGUUCUGGUGGUUUCCUCACAUGUGGAGUCACAUGCAGCCCCACCUCUUCCACAACGAGUCCUCUUUAGUAGAGCAGAUGAUUCUCAACAAAAAAUUUGCCUUAGAGCACGGCAUUCCUACCGACAUGGGCUACGCGGUGUCCCCUCACCACUCCGGAGUCUACCCUGUACAUGUUCAGCUUUAUGAGGCCUGGAAGAAGGUUUGGAACAUUAAAAUCACCAGCACUGAAGAAUAUCCUCAUCUUAAACCAGCUAGGUAUCGGAGGGGCUUCAUCCACAAAAACAUCAUGGUUCUUCCAAGGCAAACCUGUGGACUCUUCACACACACCAUUUUCUACAAGGAGUACCCAGGAGGUCCCCAGGAGCUGGACAAGAGUAUUCAUGGAGGGGAGCUCUUUUUCACUGUGGUUCUCAAUCCAAUCAGUAUUUUCAUGACCCAUUUGUCAAACUAUGGAAAUGAUCGACUGGGAUUAUAUACAUUUGUCAAUCUAGCCAACUUUGUGCAGACCUGGACCAACCUGCGUCUUCACACCCUGCCUCCAGCUCAGCUGGCUCACAAGUAUUUUGAGCUCUUUCCUGAUCAGAAAGACCCUCUCUGGCAGAACCCCUGUGAUGACAAACGCCACAGAGACAUUUGGUCUAAAGAAAAAACCUGCGAUCGUUUACCAAAAUUCUUGGUAAUCGGACCCCAGAAAACUGGUACCACUGCCUUGUGUCUGUUCCUGAUUAUGCAUCCUUCCAUCCUUAGUAACUCCCCCAGCCCAAAAUCCUUUGAGGAGGUACAGUUCUUUAAUAGAAAUAACUACCACAGGGGGAUUGAUUGGUACAUGGAUUUCUUCCCAGUCCCGUCUAACGUCACCAGUGACUUUCUGUUUGAGAAGAGUGCCAAUUACUUCCAUUCAGAGGAAGCUCCUAAAAGGGUCGCUUCUCUAGUCCCCAAAGCCAAGAUCAUCACCAUACUCAUUGACCCAUCGGACCGAGCAUACUCCUGGUACCAGCAUCAGCGGUCCCAUGAAGACCCCACAGCUCUGAAGUUUAGCUUCUAUGAAGUGAUCUCUGCUGGCCCCCAUGCACCCUGGGAACUUCGAACUCUGCAGAAGAGAUGCUUGGUCCCUGGGUGGUACGCCAACCACAUCGAGAGAUGGCUUGUUUAUUUCCCUCCCUUUCAGCUGCUAAUUAUCGACGGGCAGCAGCUAAGAAGUGACCCUGCGGCAGUGAUGGAUGAAGUCCAGAAGUUUCUAGGAGUCUCGCCUCAUUAUAACUACUCUGAAGCUUUAACGUUCGAUUCUCACAAAGGCUUCUGGUGUCAGCUCUUGGAAGAAGGAAAAACAAAGUGCCUUGGAAAGAGUAAAGGAAGAAAAUACCCACCAAUGGAUUCUGAUAGCAGAGCGUUUCUGUCCAGUUACUACCGGGACCACAACGUGGAGCUCUCCAAGCUGCUGCACCGGCUGGGGCAGCCUCUGCCCUCAUGGCUGAGACAGGAGCUGCAGAAGGUGAGGUAGCGGGCAGAAAGCGGUGGAGGCAAAAAGCAAAAGGAAUCUGUCCGUGGACCGGCAUGCGCCUCUCCAGAGCUCACAGAAGCUACCAAAAAGCUGUCAAACACAUACCUCUUCGUCAAGAAAAACGCGCGAGGCUCCUUCCAUGUGCUGGCAUGUGGAUGAUUGUGGGGGUGGGGGCAUAUAAAGGAUCUUUAAGAAGCUUCGCAGUUGAUGGCCUUCCACUGUGUAGCCGUGUGGAAGCCCCACAGCAACCAGUGUAAAUUCAAAGACAAAAACAAAAACACUGGCACUGACCUGUUCCAUUUCACACUAAUAUUUACUAUUUUGUCUAUCAACUAAAGUUGUAUUUCUGUACAUUUCUGGAUCUCUGUUUGACUGUAAAAAAGAAAAAUUAUGUGAUUCUGUGAAAUAUCUUCUACAAUGAUAAAUGUCGCAGUGUAAAAUGCCAAAAGCGUGGGGGAAAAAAAGGUUCCCAGCAUAGGCCAUGACUGUGUGAGACCCAGAGACUGGAAAGUUAUGUCUGGACUUUGUCUCCACUAAACAGAAGCGAAAGAUGGCGCUGGAGCCAGGGCGGUGACUGCUUGUGUACAGUCCAGUGUGCUUAUGGGUUUGUGUAUUUCAGACUUGUUAGCCAGUAAAUAGAAACCAUUUUUACAUCAGAAUAGUGAAUAACAGUGGAAGAGUGCUGACUAAACCCUCUGAGAGAAAGAGAGAUGGCCAUGCUAUCCUUUCCCGCGGUUAAGUGGCGGGUCUAUCCUGGUCACCUUCAGUUCUGCAGGAAGUGUCCAAUCUGAAACAGACGGACCUUUAGAUGUGCAGAGAAGCUACUGAACAAACCUCACUGACUGAAAACUAAAGACAGUUUCUUGAGGCGCUUCACUAAAGUACUCAGACAUAAACUAUUGAACAGCUGCCUUCUCCAGGUGGCCCCACAGGAAAUUAUAUUAUGUACAGGUUUAUGUAGAAAUGAAUUAAGAUACAAAUUAUUUGAGACAUUUCUUGUACUACUAAAAGGUGGAGACCAAGUCAAGUCCAGUGUUUGAGAACGUCCCACGUACCUUCCACACCCCUACCCAACAGCGGGCGUAGUCAAACGUAUGAGCAUCUACAAAAAAAAAAGGGCAGAAGUGCAAAGAUAGGCCUGGCUCCUGAAACACACUCAGUUUACAUUAGACAUAUGACGAGCCAAGAAGUCAAAACAAGGGUACAGUAGAGCAUACUUUCCUGUGUUAAUAUUUACUUAAUUUUGUAUUGUAAUUGACAUAUAUGUAAAUAUUAAGUAGUACCUCCCCUUCCGUGACUACAGAAGCUCAUUUAAAGUAUUUUAUGAGAUAUAUUGAGGAAAAAAAAAAGAUAUACAAGAAAGUCAAUGGCCUGAAGAUUUGGCUAUCAUUCUAGUGCAUAAAGCUGCACUCGUCCAGCCAUUUGCCCGUUAGAAAACAGAAGGGGCAAACUUUCUCUCAGUGUGUAUUUCCUCAUACACAGGCCAGUUAUCAAUUUGUCUGUUUAAGGUUUUCCCAUGUUCUAAUGUACUCAAAGAAUACAGGGGUUUUUAAGCAGUUACUAGAAAGAAUUGGACAAACAGCCAAAUUUUAAGAACCCUGACGGAGAAGCCAAAGCAAAAGGCUGUGAGAUCAGUCUUCCCUCUGACAGCUGCAGCUUCAGGAGCAUCACCUGCCAAAGCCAGAAGGACAAUCAUCCCUCACUUCCACGUCCAUUCAUUUGAAGAAAAUUGGCUCAAGGGGGUUGUGAGACCCGGUAGCUCCAGCUGUUACGGUCUCACUGGCGACAGCAUGUCAGCUCAUGAAUGGAGUGAGAAAAUACGUUGACAUGUGUCUCCACGUUUGAACCUCUAGAUAAAUUGGCUUCUGGCAUCCUUUAGUCUAGGUAGACAGUGCCUUUAAAAUAAAUGGCAAAAAUACCACAUAUAAUGAAUCAGAUAAAAAAAAAAAAAAGAGGGGGUGGGGUUACGGAGACCUGCUCACUCACUAGCCCGUGUUGAAUGCAGUGCCAAAUAGCAACCCUUUGAAAGGGUUUUGACCACACUGCAUGUCAAAGAGACAGCUCCAAAUUCUACAGGACACACACAGACUUCACACUGUGAGCUCCAGCUGGCUGUUAUGCUAUCCUAAAAGUAACAGAAAUCUGUGAGAAAAGAAUGAGAGAGAACAUGAUUUCAAACUAGCUGUUUGAAACUAGAAUUCCCUUUUUCAUUGCUUAUGAUAUGGGGCUUCCUCAGGAAGAAAUGAAAUGGUAAUUUCAAUGUGUAUAGCUAUAAUAUUCUUGUCAUUCACAUUGAAUGAAAAUUAUUGGGAACUUUUUUUUCCUCUGGGUUUUUUUUAAAUAAAAAAAAAAGCCCUCACUAUAAUUCUAAAAGUGGCAUGAUCCCUCAUAUGUAUAACAAUAAACUGAUAAGAAAAUGAGGGUGUUGGGCCUGGUGAUUUUAGAUAAUGACCAGGGACUUGUUUUGCCGGGGUUCAAAGGCACACCAUUAUGAUUUCAAAUGGAGAGAUAAUUGAAGAGCUUAGUAGGCAAUGAGGAAUUUCUGUUUCAAUUUUGCCUGCUGUGAUUUUAUUUGACUCCAAAUAGAACAACGCUGCCUCUUUCAAGACCCUCCUGGGCCUUCUCUCUGUGGCGUUUCGAGAGAUAUGAGCGAGUCCCUUUCACAGAUAUCUAGAAAAUGAUCUCUGCAAGGAAAACAUAAACUGAGGAGAGGAGUUAGACAGGAUCCUCAUUCCCCACAAACGUUCUCUGCUUUCAUCUCUUUCUCUUCAAGACACUAGGUUUUCUCACAUUACAACCUGCCUCACCCCUUCAUUAUUAAUACCUGGACGACAGCUGAUUCGUGUUUUUCUUUCUAAGGCAGGAUGACAGGUUACGUCCACUUCAGGACCAGUCAGUGAGCUGGUAAUGAACUGGUAAUGAACCCACCCAUCGGAGUAUUCCUAGUUUAAAAUAGCAACAUUAGUGUGCUUUAAGAAUAUCAGCCCUGCGGCUUGGAAGCACGCACUUAAGAAACAACUCAUUAAUGAAGGGGCACUCAACCAGCAAUACCAAUGUUUCCUUAAUUUCAAAUUACACUCUGUACCUGAAUUCUGUCAAUGAUGGUAACACCAUAGUUUCCUCCAUCUUUAUGCACAUGUGUUUGUGUGUGUGUGUGUUUGUAUGUGUGUGUUUGUUUA